AGCUUUUGUCUCCGCCUUCCAGUCUCUCCACUGAUGACGCCUUAAAAAGGCGCAGUUCAUCCCAAACGAACCUGAUCUUUGGUUGCAAACCGGAAGUGAAACACAGGACGUUAUCUUUAUUUUUUGUUGCGUGGAGAAUCGUUAAGUGGGUGAAAGGUGAUGAAGAGGAACUGAUUGUCCAACGCGCGUCCGAACGGUUACUAAACAUCUUGACUCCUGCAGAAACCAGCGAUGCUGCAAAACACAGGGAAACUGGCCGGCUGUACACUCUUCAUCACUGGAGCCAGUCGAGGAAUCGGUAAAGCCAUCGCCCUCAAAGCUGCCAAAGAUGGAGCCAACAUUGUCAUUGCUGCUAAAACGGCAGAACCACAUCCCAAACUUCCAGGGACCAUUUACACAGCUGCUCAGGAGGUUGAAGCAGCAGGUGGAAAAGCUUUGGCCUGUGUGGUGGACAUCCGUGAUGAGAAGCAAGUUGGAGAAGCUGUUCAGAAAGCUGUUGACCGGUUUGGUGGCAUCGACAUCCUGGUCAACAACGCCAGCGCCAUUAGCCUGACAGGAACUCUGGAGACGCCCAUUAAGAAGGUGGACCUGAUGCUGGGAAUCAACCUGAGAGGAACGUACAUGACGUCGAAGAUGGUCAUCCCUCACCUGCUGAAGAGUCGCAGGCCUCAUAUUCUGAACCUUUCGCCUCCACUCAACCUCAACCCCACAUGGUUCAAGAACCACACAGCUUACACGAUGGCCAAGUAUGGCAUGUCCAUGUGCGUCCUGGGAAUGGCCGAAGAGUUCAGAGGUCAAAUCGCCAUCAAUGCUUUGUGGCCUAAAACCGCCAUACAGACAGCGGCCAUGGACAUGCUGGGUGGAGAAGGCAUUGCUAAACAGUGUCGUACAGCUGACAUCAUAGCAGAUGCCGCCUAUGCCAUCCUGUCCCAACCCAAAGACUACACUGGCCACUUCCUAGUGGACGAGGACAUCCUGAAGGAGCAUGGCGUCUGUGACUUUGACCAGUAUGCCGUCCAACCAGGUGAUCUGAUGCAGACCCAGCAGCCUAGCGUUCCAUCACAGUCAUGUGGUUCAAUGAUGGUCUUUGAUUGGUCCCCAGGCCACCCCCUGCUUCCUGACUUCUUCCUGGAUGAGGCACCAGAGACGCUGGUCAAACAGAUGGAGCAGCACGGAGCGACCCCGGCCUUCAAACCUUCAACAAAACCUCAUCAAACCUCAGACGGGUCCUCGUCCAGAGGCCCAAUAGAAAGCACGUUUGACCUAAUCAGAGAAGUCAUCAAUGGAGAUGUAGUCAAGUCCACACAGGGCAUCUAUCAGUUCGACCUUUCCGGGGAACAUGCAGGUGUUUGGUUUCUGGACCUGAAGAGCGGCUCUGGCAGCGCAGGCCAGGGUCAGCCGCCUGUUAAAGCUGAUGUCGUCAUGGCAAUGGACUCGGCUGACUUCAGCAAGAUGUUCCUAGGCCAGCUGAAGCCUACAAUGGCCUUCAUGUCAGGGAAGCUACGAAUCAAAGGCGACAUGACGCUUGCCAUCAAACUGGAGAAGCUGAUGAGCCACAUGUCCAAGGCCAAGCUAUGAGCUGAUAUCAGCAUCAUGGCAAUAAAUAUCACUUUUACAAAUUAAUAUUAAUACAUUGAGACCGGAGACCUGUUUGGUUCAUGAACAGAUGAAUAAAAGCUACAUUUAAUAAUAAA